AUGACGUCAGCUUUGUGUCUGUUGCAAGUGUUCUUAUUGGUAAGCCUUUUUUCUUGCACAAUUAGUGUUCAACGAAAAGAUGAACAAAACGUGGUAAAAAGUGAUUUAUUGAUACAAAUUUGCAAGCCGUUUAUUUACCACCGUAUCUACACACACAAAAAGACAAUGCUUUAUUGCGUUGGUCUCUGGAUAUGGGCCAUGCUCCUUGAUCUGCCAAAUUGGGUCAGCUGGGGAGGUCACACCUUUGCCUUAAAGGAGAUGGGAUGCACGUUUGACCGGCUAGCAAACUAUGGAUAUACAAUUUUCAUGACUACGAUGUCGAUCUUCCUGCCAAUGACCGUUGUGCUUAGUUGUUAUAUUGCAAUUCUAAUAUAUUUGAGGAAUAGACGAAGAGAGGUGCGAAAAUUUGGUGGGAGUGAAAAUACUCCGAUGCGCCUAUCACGAUCUAGCAAACAUGGCCGAUCUGUAAAGAAAAUGUCGUAUAAAAAGGACGAUCUUCAGUUCGCAAUUAUCCUAUUUAUAUCUUUUCUUGCAUUUGUGCUGUGCUGGAGUCCAUAUAUGAUAGCUUUAAUAUUUGAUUUUGAAGACGAAUGGUCAAAGGAAGUCUACGUUGCAGGGACACUACUUGGACAUUCAAACAGUUGUCUUAACCCUAUUAUAUACGCGAUGGGAUACGCACGAUUUCGCAAGGGUUAUUAUGUUUUCAUUCAUAAACUGUUUUGUAUGAAGAUAAAGCGAAACUCAAACUUCUAUAAUUCGAAAAGCACACUGCGUUAUACGAGCAGAUUUUCAAGAAGUCCCUUCAGAACACCUACUAUUGAAAAGUCAUUGCAGAUUACAGAACACAUCAUAUUAUCAACAUUGUCGACGCCAAUACGAGAAAAAAGUUUCAACAGCAGUGAAAAUGUUUCAACUAGUAGCAAUUGCCUUUCAUCCUGA